GGGCCGUGCCCGCGCAGGCGGCCGGGUGAACUGCCGGCGGCCGGGUGAACUGCCGGUGCCCGGCGCUCGGGCAGCCGGGUGGGUGCCGUGCCGAGCUCGCCCCUGAGCGGGUCACACACUGGUGCUCAGGUUUGUGGAAAACCUAGAUUUCCAAAAUGAAUAAAGAUGCGCAGAUGAGAGCAACCAUUAAUCAAAAGCUAAUAGAAACAGGAGAGCGAGAGCGCCUUAAAGAGUUGCUGAGAGCCAAAUUAAUUGAAUGUGGCUGGAAGGAUCAGUUGAAGGCACAUUGCAAAGAUGUCAUUAAAGAAAAAGGAUUAGAACAUGUUACUGUUGAUGAUUUGGUGGCAGAAAUCACUCCCAAAGGCAGAGCUUUGGUACCAGACAGUGUAAAGAAGGAACUCUUGCAAAGAAUAAGAACCUUCCUUGCUCAGCAUGCCAGUCUUUAACUUUGACAUUCAUCUGGGAUACAGUUUCCUGUAUUACAUCAGUCAUGUCAGGAUUGGAAUGCAGUUUACAUACUUCAUAAGGAUAUAAGGAUGAAAAAUCAUUAAUUUUUCUUUGCACUGCAUCGAUUUCUUAAAGUUGGUGUUAUUUUAAUAAAAAAUUUUGUGGA